GACGUCAGGGUUGUUUUGCUGGCAGGCCCGUCACGUGCUCGGUCCCCUCCCGGGGGGGGGGGCGGUGGCAAUAAAAGGGGGGCCCGCGGAGCGGGACGGACGGACGGACAUCCCCGCGCAGCCAUGGCCGGGGCCCUGCUCGAGCCCCACAAGCUGGUGCCCACCCCCUUCGAGGGGCAGCACUUCGACCCCUACGACUACUACAGCCUGACUGAGCGCUACAGCGUGCCGGGCGGGUGCAGCCGGAAGGGCCGCUCCAAGCGGGAGGCCGUGGGGAACACGAACCGGCCCAGCCCCGCCGGCCACGAGCGCAAGAUCGCCCUGAAACUGCAGCGCUCGGAGCGGCGGCGCGGCCAGGAGUGAGACCCCGCUCUGAGCCUCGCCAAGUGAACCUGGUUCCGGACUCAUCGGCAAUGCCACCCGACACAGAGAGGAGCUGGAGGACACCCCGAUGCCUGGGGUGGGGCACACGCGGCCAUGCUGGGGCUCCUGCCCAGGCCUCAUACCCACCCCCCUGGGAGAGGGGUGGCAAGGGGACCCCCAGUGCCCUGGCUGGCGGGGGGGGGUGAUUUCGCUCAUUGCCAGGGGGGAAGAGGGAAUUGUGGGGUGAGGAUGAAGGGGGGUAUCAAGGGGGCAGGUCUGUUUCCCCCACCCCCCUUAAUAAAGAAACUUGACUUUU